AUGGAUAAACUAAAAGCAGUUUUAACAAGAAUUCAAGUUGAAUUACAUGGAAUUAUUAAACAUAAUCCUAAUGUUGAACCAAAAGUUUUAAAAGUUUCAAUUCAAAUUGGAUCCAUAGAAAAAACUUCUGGUAGUCAAACAUUACAAACAGCUUAUUCAGUAUAUCAACGUUCAUUUAUUGAAAUUAAUGAACAACAAGAUAUUUUAGUAAAUAGAAUGAAUGAUAAAUUAGAUUCAACAUCAAUGAUUAAUAAUGAAAAACGAACAUCAGCUACUAAACUUGUUAAUCAAUUAUAUUUUUUUCCGAUUAGAUAUAUACUCAAUAUGGAUGGUACGAUAAAAAGUCAUGAUGAAACACGUAUUAGUGCUAAAUGUGCUAUACCAACAUGUCUAUCACAUUUAUCAACAAUUUGA